UGAGGAGUGACUUAGUUCUGUGAAGCUCCUGAGUCACAGUCAGGUGUUACAGCCUGAGGGACAGACAUGAAGGACCCGCAGCUUCCAGCACGUUACAAAUUGAAGAUGUGACGCUGACCAGACGUUUUGCCUCAUUUAGGACAAACCAUCAAAGCACGACUAUGGCCAAAGCAGAAAUCGAGCAAAAUCUCCAACGUUGAGCCUCAGAAAGAGGAAAAGGUGGUCAAACCACCGGCCUCCGCAGCCAAAUGUGCCUUACCUAAGCUGACCGAAAUGGAGAGAUUCAGGCAGUCGCCAUUCGAGAGGAUCAUCUAUGACAUGGCCCACAAUGAGAAGAUCGUCAACGACCUGAUGCUUGGUCGAAGGAUUGGCUUCUAUGAGCUGCGAGGAGAGAUUGGGCAGGGCAACUUCUCCACGGUCAGGCUGGGCAUCCAUGCCCUCACGAAAGAGAGAGUAGCCGUCAAAGUCAUGGACAAGCUGCGUCUGGAGAAGAAGAGUCAGUCUAUCAUGGCCUCAGAAAUCAGCAGCAUGGAGAAGCUGUGCCACCCGAACAUAGUGCGUCUUUACGAGGUGAUGGAGAGCAGCAGGAAACUGUAUCUUGUGAUGGAGUAUGGCAGCAGUGGAGAUCUGUUCUCCCGGAUCACCACCAGGGGGAAGCUGAACGACCUGGAAACCAAACUGGUCUUUGCACAAGUCCUCUCUGCUGUUAAACACAUGCAUGACAACAACAUCGUCCACAGAGACCUUAAGGCAGAGAACAUCUUCUACACCACCAGCCACUGCAUCAAGGUCGGAGAUUUCGGCUUCAGCACUGAGAGCUGCCCCAAUGAGCUCCUCACCAAUUUCUGUGGCUCUCCACCUUACGCUGCUCCUGAACUGUUUAAGGACAAAGGCUACAUUGGACGCUACUCCGAUACCUGGGCGUUAGGUAUCCUCUUGUACUUCAUCGUGACGGCCACGGUGCCCUUUUACGGAGACAACCUGGGGAGGUUGAAGCGCAGCAUCCUUCAGGGGGCUUACAGCAUCCCUUCCUAUGUGCCCGACCCCUGCCAGCUGGUCAUCAAGGGCCUGCUGCGGCCUGUGCCUGCCGAUCGUUCUACUCUCACGCAGAUUAUAAACGAUACUUGGCUGAGGGGGAUCGAAUACCCUCACCCGUACGUCCCGUUGCCCUUGUCCCCGGCCCACUUUGCCCAGGCGGGACAGGCUCUGUGUGUGGAGGAGCAGGAGGUAAAGGGUUUGCUGUCGGAUCUGGGUAUUGUGACAGUUCAUUUGCAAAACAAUCCCUGUUCGGACUGCAGGAGCCCGUUGACGGGGACCUACCGGAUCCUCCUCCAUCGGGUCCAUAAGAGGAGGUCGGUGGAGGCGGUAGGUUAUUCAGCGCUUCAUCCUGAUGAGUACGGGUGCCUGCAGAACUGGUCUGUAGCUUCUGUGACCAAACACACUCCUUCAGCUGUCUGUGUUUUACUAUAAUUAUAAAUAGCUGGACUGCUUUAGCUAAGGCCUCUACAGGACCCUUUAUCACAUGCAGAUGUGCCCAUAUGCAAGUAUUCAAGUUGGAUUGUGCAAUAUUGGAGGGAAAUGGUGCUCACUAAGAGGUUGGGGUUAGUUGCAGGGUUCUUCUCUCCCACAGUGUAAGUCAAUUAGAGCUCACAGAGUGUGAGCUGUGGAUUACUGUUCUGAUUAUAUCUCCAACAACAAGCUCAGACAGGCAAAACAUGCAUCUGUACAGCUAUGAGCAUCUUCCAAUCCCACUUAGUCAGAGCAUAAAUCUACUGAACUAAUCCGAGGCCACAGGAAAUCCUAAUAGAAUAGCCCCUGUCCAACAGAAAUGAAACCUGAGACUAUGAGGGGGAAGAAACACGUCAUGGAAAAUAAAAUAAGAGGCCAGAACGAGAGACUUUUAAAAUGUAAAAUGUUUUCUGUGUUUUGAACACAAUAAAUUAUCUCUAAAAUGCCUUCAUA